AUGAGAAUUGGAUUCAAUGGGGCAAGUGUUGUAGAACUGAACAACAAGGAGAUAGAGCUGAGUAAGGAAGAAAUAGAGAAUUCAUCGAUAUCGACAGUUGGAGAUGCUCUGAAGUAUUUGUUUAGCCGAUAUGGAGAAACCAGAGACAGCUACUUCGACAAUUGUGGAGAGCUUGUGAAUGGAACAAUCUGCAUCAUAAACAAGAUGGACUGGGAGAUAACAGGAAGAGAGAAAAGCCCGGUCAAGUAUGGAGAUCACAUCGUUCUUAUCUCUACCAUCCACGGAGGCUAG